AUGUCUUUCCUUCAUGGUGUUCUUGAGACUGUGAAGGAUGAUGAAAGUGUUACAAAAUAUAGUGAUAUUAAUGAUAUUAACAAUGUUAUUAAGAAAUUAAAUGAUAGUGUAGGUAAAGGCCGUGAGGCCUUCCGUGUCGCCGUGACUCAGGUGGACGAAAAAAUCAAGAAAGUUACAAGCCCACUUAGCUCACUUUAUAGCGAAAUUGACACGUAUAAUAGUAGCAUAGAUGGUACGAAAAAUGAUAGCAUUAGUCUGCAACACGAUAAGUGGCAGCGUAAUGUCACACAAUACUUCACCUAUGCCGAGCAGGCAAACAACGCACUAGCUAAUUUAGAUACUAAUCUUAAGAAUAAAUUAGAAACGCCGAUUGGCAAAAUACAUAGUGUUGUGAAAUUGGUGUAUGAGUCGGCUACCGACUUAGAGUUGGAUGCGCAGGUGAGGAAGGUGGACUGGGAGCUGGGGGCCAAAAAAAGAGAGAUUGAAAACAAAAUUGCCGAAAAAUCGGAAGAGCUCCAAAAGGAGUUGGACACUAGGAUCGGCGAAAUACACGGCAAACUGAGAGAUAUUGAAGACAAGCGUUCCGAUAAGUUGGCGCCGUUGUUAGUACUGGUGAGUGAGUUGGAGAAAGAUGUUACAGAAGCAAACUCAGCAGCAGAGAAGUUGAAUAAUGAGUAUCACGGUGAGAUUGUAAAUGGGUUGGGCGUAAUUUAUGGUGAGUUUCAGAAUCUUGAUACCAGCGAUAUUGCCGAUCAGCUCAGUAGCGUUUUUGCUAAUGUCGAUGAAAAAUUGCAGGAACUCAUGAAUAUUCAUGAUACCAUUCACCAGCAGGGUAAUCUGGAAUGGAGAAUAAUUCAUAGUGAGUUGGCCGAGAAGAUUAGGACGCUUAAUGAGCAGGUCAUUGAGAAAUUAGUGGAUUAUAUAAAGGACGGAUUAGGAGAGCAAAUUAAAAAUGCGCUCACACCGAUGACUGAUGCGAUUUAUAAGAAUCCAGCUGGAAAUGGGCCCUUAAACAGAAUAGUUGAGGGAUUAAACGCCUAUGCCAUUAAAGUUGGUCAGACUUUUGGUAAUACAGCAAAUAGUUGGCUUGACAGGCUAUUGGGUGAUAAUGACGCAAUGGUUAUUUUUGUUGAGCAGUAUAUCCAGAAUACCAAAGGCAAUGGGCAGCUGCCUGAGGAAGAGUUAGAGCGAAAGCGCAAUGAAGUGAUGCAAGCAAUCAAGCCAGAGAUAAUAGCUCUGCUUAGAGCCCCAAGUAUUCUGCCACCUACUGGACACGAACAGCAAGCGCAAGCAAAUAUAAAGUACAUUCAAGCCUAUUUUGAUAGUGUAGCCGGGGUAAUUGAGGGAGGGAAUGCGGACGACAUUGCCGGGCGAGUUGAUACUGGCCUUAAGUUGACUCUACCCCCAAUGCCAGGCAGGGAUGCCAAAGGCUAUCUCACAUCCGCCAUACAGAUACUUUUGAUACAGCUUUCUCUUAUCGUAAGAAAGAUUGCCGAUGAGUUCAAGGCAUUCGCUGGCCUAGACGGGAGCGCCUCGAAUUACAAGCUCGGGGAGAAGGUAGACGAGGCUAUUAGAGAUGUUAACAAGCUUGGACGACAAAUCAAGGAUGCGGUUGCUAACGGCGGGUCCCCAAGUGACCUCGGCAAUAAGAUUAUAACUGCACUGGAAGACAAGGUAAAUAACGGAGCCGCCCUAGCAAUUGAAACAUUUGCACAUGGUGCGUUCAAACAUGGUACCAAAAAAUUCAGGGAUUCGCUAGACCUCAAAAUUAAUGGUGCGGAUAAUAAUGGAAUCAGAAAUAGUAUUGAAAGGCAACUUGAUAAGCUUUAUAAACAUGUCGACCCCAAAUCAUCGGGUGCGAUUCAGAAAGAUAUAAAUACACUUCAGGCAAAUAUAAAUAAAGUUAAAGAUUUGCUCACCGCUAUAAAGGGAAGAGCAGGAAAAUAUGUUAAAGAUCGGGUCAGCUCCGUGACACAGCAAGUUGCCGAACUUAGGUCGAGCAUUUCUGCUAUUAAUGAGCAAGUGAAAGCCUUCAAUUUGGCUCUCGAGCAGGACGUUAAAACUGCGAAAUCCGCGGUUGAAGCAGCGCACAGCGCUAUGAAAGAUCAAAUCAGUCUGACGCAAAGUGAACUCAGCCAUGUCGUCAGUCUCGCCUUCACUGCUGUGAAAAACGGAGUGCAGGCAAUGUGGUCCAAGAAGAAUAAGGCGGAACUAGGUGAACUUAAGAAUUUAGUCGGCGAGCAGAACAAAGAAAUUAAUAAGAUAAUCGACGAUGAUAAGAAGAGCGGCGUAAAGGGCUUCAUUAAGACACUGGAGGAUGGAGAUGCAAAAUAUGAUACUGACAGAAAGGGUAAAAACAUCGAAAAGCUUACGAAUGUUGCAGGUAAAUUAAAACCAACAGAGUAUGUUAAAACACAUUUUACAGAAUUGUGUAUGAAUUUCAAACAAUUCUGGGCGCCGGUUGCAGUCUACGUCAACAAGGACAUCAUCGGGGUUAACAGGGACAAUGAUAAGAAACCUGUCGGCUCACAUGUACAAGCAUAUUCUCGCAAGAUGUUAGUAAUAUACGACAGAGUUAAUGAGUUGCUCACUCACAUCAAGGACGCGAAUAAGUAUGAUAGUGCGUUGCCUGGCCUGCUUGACAACGUUACUGAAUCAGUCUCCGACAUGAAGCCAGAAGGUUUCUCCAAAAUUUCAACUCCCGUUAUCGAUAGUAUACUCGGCGGACUAGGCAAAUUUGUGGCGGAGAUGAAGAGAGCAUACGUCUCCACAUAUGAUGGUCAGCGGUUCACAGAUCCGUUGUUUGAUAAGAAAGAAGACAGCGCCACGAAACCUGCUGCACCAAAAGCCGACCAAACUGAUGAUAAAAACGAACUAAGCGCGUAUGGCAAGAAGUGCGCAAGAGUAUGUCUCACGAUUGUAGGCAUCUUAUAUCGUGAUUUCGACGAGCUGCGAGAUAGGUGUACUAUAAAAGGCCCGUGUAAUAAAAAACGUAUUUACCUCUAUGAGUCAGCGCCCAAAAAUGUGAAGCGGGACGAAAACCUUCUUGGCCACUGGUUCCAGCGUCGUGGUUACGGGGUAAGUAAGGAGAAGAAUGGACACGAGGGCCACUUGAGAAAUGAAGACAAUUUCACUGGACAGAACAUUCAUACCCUGAUCGAGGAACAGAAUAUUAUCAGACGUCCUUCCUCAGACGAGGAUGCUUUGAGCCACGGAAUAAUUGUGCAAUUACAUGAUUACAUAUCAACUUAUUACCAAGUGUGUCACAUAACUCUACAUGAGUCACCUAAAUACCCUUGCACAAUUAGAGACAUGCUAUCAUGGAUGUCCGGCCUGCCGUAUAGAACCGUGUAUACACAAAUUCCUGCCCACUGCAAAAAACAGCUUAAUGAAGAAGACAAGUCAACUGGUAAAUUCCCGAAUAGGGAGGAUGCCGUGCUUAGUAAAACAUUGGCAUACGGCCUAGUGGACAAUCUAUCUCAUACAUGUAGAAAAUCUCUCGAUGUACUAGUAACCAUAUGUGGAAAUGGGCGUGGUUUCGAGCAGGCCGAUUAUCCUUACACGUGUAAUUUCAUGGACAAUUCGCGAGGGUUCCACUAUCCCGAAAAUGUUCCCGGCCUAUUCGAUAUGCUCACUGACGUAUGCAGACGUUUGUUACGUUCACUAAACCAUUUACGUACACGGUGCCUAUAUGCAGCAUCAAUGGGUAACGGGUGGGCGGAAUGUUCAUAUGGCCGUGACGUUUCCGGUUACCAGUGGAACUGUAACACUAACCAAUGUCCCAACCAAACGUGUCCCCAAAAGCACAACCAAAGUGCUAAGCAAACACCUAACCAAAAGUGCAACCAACACCCUAAGUGCGGUGUUAAGUCGCCACUUCAAUCUCACCUAAUGGACCAGUUACCUGGUUGCCUGCCUCAUAAAUUAGCAUCUGUUGGCUGUUCAGCUACAUGUUCGACGUGUCCAAAAAUGUCCAGCGGUCAACAAUGCAUUACCCCGAUGGGAUUCUGGGAUUUGCCCAAUUCUGCUUCUAAAAUGAGAAGCGGCAAGGAGCUGUCCGACAUGCUCGCCUAUUUUUGCAAAGAUGCCGACUCACCACUGUGCGCCCUGCUCCAUUGCUUGCAAUGCGUGAAGCCGUCGCCACCUACAACUUUGGCUGACAUGUUUGCGUUAUACUGUCAACUAUCUAGAUCAUGGCGGCCGAGUGGGUACUUUGAUGACUCUAGUUUCACAAAUCUUUUGAGCACUAAGACCAUAACAAAUUCUUUCCCAUUGAAGGAGUGGUUUCAUGGUGACUUUACUAACGCCGAUGUUACUAAUGCCUUAAUACAAUUGUAUCACUCCGACAAUGAUCACAAGAGUGCGUCCGCAAAGGGCGCUGACACAACCGCGAUCACCCACUCGGACUUAGCUAGUCUGACCGGACGAUCUAAGUGCAUUAAUUCACUCACCUGCGCUCCCUAUCUACAGCCUGUCUGCCUCAAUGCCUAUCAUACCUAUCCUCAAAAACACGCCAAGCUAUAUCUCUCUUGGUUCACAUACUUGGCAUGGAAAUUUUGGAAACUGCUUCAGGAAUUGCUAGACGCAUUCCAGCAGAUCAGCUGCAAAAAUAACGGCUGCGCCAACUGUGCCUGUAGGGCUGGAAAACAUGGCGACGAAGAUGCCUGUAAAUGCCUCGAAAAAUUUCUCGGCUACAAGGAUGGUAAUUACACCGGCUCCGGCAUCGUGUACUCGGACCUUGACAGGCUGUGCGACGGGGUGAUGGCGUUUUUGCACGGGGUGCUUAGUGGAGUGAGGGAUGAUGAAAACGUGAAGAAAUAUGAUAAUAUGCUUCAAGAACCUACUAAAAAGUUAAAUGAUGUUCUCUCCACUUUACAAUCUAAAAUUGGCUCCGGGCGUGUUGGCCUUUCGGCGUCUGUCGCCAAGGUGAAGGAGUGGUUGGGGAAAUAUAAUGAGGAAGUUGGCAACAAGACAAGAGGAGUGACCGAUGGAUUAUCUACGCUUAUAGGUAAGUUGAGUGGUGGUAAUUCAUCUGAUGCAGGUGAAAAUGUGUAUUACAAGGAAGUGGAGAAGCAAGCCGGCAACCCACUUGCCAGGCAACUGGCGGCGUGGACCAAGACACUUAGUAGCAUUUCUAGCGCACUUGAUAAUGAGGUACAAACAGAAAUUAAUAAGUUAGAUAGCGCACUUAGCGCACAAAUAAUGCACAAAAUAGAUCCGAUAACGAAGGUUAUCGCGCACCUGGAAAAGGUGGCUGGGAAUGAGGCAUUUGCCGAAAAGGUGCGCCAAGUUGACAGUGAGAUUACCACUAAGAAAGAUAGUGUCACUAAGGAAAUCAGAGUAAAAGCUGAGGCGCUUAGAGGCACAUUAAAACAAAACCUAGAUGACAUAAAUGGUAGAAUAGAUGCCAUCGGCACAGAGCGUACCACUACGUUGAAGGCCUUGAAGGAUUCAGUCCAGCAGUUGGAAACUGCUGUUACAGAGGCUAAUACAGCGGCAAUAAAAUUGGAUGAAGAGCAUGAAAAUGAGAUCGUCAAAAAACUAGAGGAGAUUAAUCCAAAGGUUCAAGCGCUUGGAACGGAAAAAAUAGCUAAUGAUCUUAGUAGCGUUUACAGCGCGAUCAGUAGCCAGUUGGAGAAGCUGGGUCGGCAAGUAGAAUCUCUGAGGACUAUUGCUGGCGCUGUUCACAGAGACGUGGACGGCGGUCUGGAAAACAUUAAGAUUGAUUUGCGAGAUAAUAUAAAUAAGCUUACGGGGCAACUUAUGAGUAAUUUUGAGGAAUAUUUUAAGCAGUACAUCACUAAAGUUAGGGACAAAGUUGGAUUAAUUAAGGAGGGAAUGACAAUAGUAGAUCCAUCGAAUGGUUCUGUUUCAAGCGGCAGCAAAAAUGGAUCCCAGCUUAAACAGGAAGCUAACUCAGUUAAGGAUGGCAUUGACGGCCUGAACAGCGGACUUAACAAGGGCGCCGCGGCUAUGGGCAGCGCAAUUCAUCAGGCUGUGGAGAACGUUAACGGCGCACUUAAUGGGUUGGAAAGCAUUAUAAUACGCGAUCUAGGUCAGGCUGUUAAAGAGAAGAUAACUCAAGAAAUAAACAAUUUGAGUGGUGGCAGUGGUAGCAGUUAUUACGGAAGCAGCAGCUAUACCGUUGGUAACGGUGUCACCGGUCACGGUAACACCGCUGAGUUUGGAAAGGGUAUGAGCUACGGUAUGAGUCUAGGUAUAAAGCACGCUAAAUCAUCCGCGUUAGGAGCCGUUUCAUCCGCCAUAGAUAAAAUUAAAAGCAGCUUCCACACAGAUUUACCAAACGUUAAUGAGCAGAUAUAUGGAACGGGUUCCGCUCCCGACUCCCUAAAAUCGAAAAUCGAUGCCAUUACAAAAAACCUGACAGACUUUUUCAAUAACGGUGGCGUAAAAAAAGAUAAUUCAGAAUUCAAUCUCACACAGGGUAAAAAAUUUGAUGCAUAUUAUCAAAAGAAAACAGCCGCCGAUGGCAUCACCGGAGUCGUUUCAAAAAUCACACAGCUUGAGAAGGUGUACCCUACCGUUGAUACGCUUGCCAAGAAUCUUGUAAAUGCGCUUGGCAUACAGGACAGUAACGCCCCCCAACUUACGGACACCGUUAAGGUUGAAGACAACCUACAUGCCAGGGUCGACGAGAAAAUAAAGGCGGCGGAUCCGCAACUCGACGAACUUUUGAAGAAGGCCGUUAAAAAGGGUAUCACAAUGUUGGACCAAAAAGUGACGGACAUUCAUACAGAACUUAAUGGUGUUUCUCCGGCGAUUGAACCGCAAAUUAACAAGCUGCAGAUUAAAACCGGUGCCGGUCCAGACAAUAUCCAAACGCAAAUAUCCGAGCUUCAGAAACAAAUCACGGAGCUCAAAACACUGUUAAACGGCGUUAACAACAAGGCCCGGAGUACUAUAAAGACACAGGUGACGUCCAUGAGAGAGCAAGUUGGCAAGCUUAAGCGGAGCAUCGAGCAAAUUAAUUUGGAAAUUAAAGCCUUUAAUUCAUCUCUUGAAGAAUCAAUAAAGCAGGCCAAUCAGGCCGUUACCACCGCCCGCCAACAACUGGGCUCUGGCAUCGACGGCCUGCAGCGUGAACUCACUCAACAAGUCAACACAGCCUUCAAAGAAGUGUAUGACAAGGUGAAAGAGAUGUUUAACCAAGGGCAUAAGGAGGACUUGGCGCAGCUCAAGAAAUUGGUCAGCGAGCAAAGUGAAGAAAUAAGGAAGUUGAUUGAAGCUGAGAAGAUCAGCGGCCUGAAAGGGUUAAUGGCAAAAAUGUACGAGACGGGUGGAAGUAAAAUACUGGAAUUAAAACUUGAUGGUGUUCAGGAGAAUAAAAGGUUCGAAACGCUUUCAGAGAGAUUUAAAGGAUAUUUAUCACUAAUCGUCGACUAUAUCACGAAGCAAGUCACGCCUCCAAGUUCGUCGCCACCCAACUCCACAACCAAAGAGCCAACCAAAAUGCUGGGUGAAGUGCAAAGUAAACUUGUCACUUUACUUGAAAAUCUUGGCAGAUCAAAACACUUCGAUAAUGUUUUCGUAACUCACUUACAAUCGUUUUCCAAUGAACUCGACAGAUUCACGCCAUCUCAAUUCGCCGGCCCGGAGAACGCUUUGCUCCUUGACUCGCUUAGAGAUGGGCUGCAGAAAUUGCGUGAUCAACUCGACAGGGCGUACGUGAGUGCGUACUCGGGAGAGCAGAUAAACAACAAAAACAAAGAUAAGUGUGCCAACGCCUUUGUAACAUGUCUGCCAACAAUCAACCGUGACCUGUGGAAGCUGAAGUACGGGUGUAAAAACAGUUGGAAAUUCAAUAAAAUCUAUGACUCCGAUUCCGAAUCUCUCGGUGCAUUCUUAAAAGGUUGUGACUACACAGUGUCUACAGACGCAGACAAACAGGACGGUGAAUUGAAAAAUGACAACAAUAAUAUGCUUGGCGCUAAUGUAGCAUUCCUUCUGACGAAAGAUACUAAAUUGUUCAAGAAAACUAGCCAAAAUGACUCCGACGUUCUUCAAAAACUCGUCGAUCACAUAAAAUCAUAUAACCAAGUCGGUCACGUUAAACACAUCCCGUCACCUAGAACCCCUUGCAGCAUUUACGAAAUGCUUACAUGGUGUACCGGCCUGCAGUACAACAGUGUGUACGAUAAGUUAGUAGCAUACUGUAAUGACUACGAUACCAAAGAUGACGCCUAUCUGUCGUAUAGAUUGUCAAUUGCCGUGACAUAUCAGUUACCUAGCCUAUCUACAUAUUCACAUGAUUUAUUAACUACUAUCCUUGGCACCGGUGAUGAACACACUACGUACGCAUCUGACUUUGCCAAUAACUCUCUUGAAUUCAAUUACCCCGCUAGUCCAGCGGCCUGUCUUGACACGCUUCUUGACAUUUUACGUAGAUUAUUCCCUGUGUUUAGGUACAUGCUCAGGCAAUGUAAGUUCAGUGCUCAGCACGCUGGUUGGUCCGACUGUGAAUACGGCAGGGACAUAGCGCUAGCCAAGUGGCCGUGCAAAGCUCAUCCCACCGCCAAACCAAACGGACAGUCAACGAUGAAACCAAAUGGUCAGUCAACAACCGAACCUACGUGCCAACCAACGUCUCCAUUAAUGUCUUACUUAAACGAUUGCCUACCUGGGCAGCUACCGCACCAACUGAUAUCGGUUGGUUGCACGGCGAAAUGUAUUACGUGUUCACCCGGUUCGAGGGGAAUGCCUUGUUUGACACCUCUCGGAUUUAGGGGUUUCUCGGGAAGUAGGAAGAAGGGUAGAGACCUGUGUACUGUGCUUGACAAGUUCCUAAGUAAUGAGUAUGUUACAUGCCUCUUCACGCUGGGGCCCAAACCACCAUCCACAUUGCCGGAACACUUCCAGUUUGUAUUGUCACUGGUUAAGGGUAUAAACGUAUCAUCGAUACCAAAUCAGAUUCACAGUGAAACACUGGUAGGUGACUUCUCCACAUCUAUGAACGACGUGUCCAUUAAUUUGUAUUCUCAAACAGAAGAGUUUACCAAUGCUUUGACUAAAGCAUACGGUUCGACGUCUCCCAAUCACGGUCAGUGUGACCAUUCUCAUCUUAGGAAUCUCACAAUGUAUGAUAGCUGCAAAGAGAAAAAGAACCCGGACAUCAAGUGCGCCCCUUUCCUCUCCACGUUGUGCCAUCAUUCGUAUCGUUACCUAGCGAAGAAGAACUGCAAGUUGUACCUCUCCUGGGCAUUGUAUCUCCCAUGGACAUUCUGGGACCUACUGAACAAUCUCUACGAUGAGUUCUGUAACAUAAAUUGUCCAGAUUGGGGGUGUCGUGGUUGCUUGAGAGGCGAUAAAUGCAAGAAAGGAAAGCAUGGCGUCAUUGAUAAAGAAAAGCAAGAUGCGAUUUGUCAGUGUCCGUCAAUCGUAGGGUGCAAGGGUGUAUCACCAACACUAUAUAAAUAUGGAUUUAUGUUUGGGCACGCCUCAAAAUUGAAUGCUGGUCAUUUGUCGAAGAGGUGUUCCGAUUUCUGUCAACAGCUGUCUCACUUACUGAAAUCUAAAUAUUUCACAGAUCUAUUUGACGAAUGCGACAUGUUCCUCUGGAAGAUCAGAGAACCCUUCUCCCAGACGUUAUUAGCCCUCUGGUCGCUCUCGCUCCUGUACCUGCUGCACAUCGCCGUCGUCCGCCUCGACGUCCUGAGGAUCCGCUCCCACCUGAGAUCACCCGCAAGCCACCGCAUCGCCGCGCAGUCGCUCCUCGCCGCCGCACGCGUCAAGGCACUCGCCAACGUCAAGUACUUCUCACCGUAA